AUGCAAAGUGGGAAAGUCCUCGGGGAAAGGCGGGAGGGGUGGCAGCGCGAUGCCGGGGAACCCCUCCGGGAAACAACUCCCCCACCUCCUACCACCACCAACAUAUUACACACAGAGACACAGACCUGCUGGGAGUUACGGGUCCCCAGGGAGCCACCAAAGUCUCCCCGAACUCCCCGGAGGACUUCCGCGGGGUGCGCCCCGCCAAGGGAGCCCGACGUCAGGCUCCGGGAGAUUCAAGGGACCGCUCAGGCCUUCGUGACCCAACAAGUCUGGUUCACGGGACGAGCACUGACGGCAUGGCGGGGAGCAGCGGCCGGCGCCGCCCCGGACGCCCCGGGCAGCGCGACCCACGGCAGCGCGGAGAGGAGCGCCUGGGACGCGGGCCGCGGGGCCCGGCGCACGGGCGGGCAACUACCCCUUCCCUCCCCGCCAACACGGCGGGCGGCCGCCCCUUCGGGUCUCCUUCCCUCCCCGCGGACAGACGCGGAGCGGACCGGGAGCCCCGAGCCAACUCCACAACUUGCCGGACCCCGCGGAGGGGGAGACCCGGAGCCCGCGGGGCAGGCGGGCUCUGCCCGGAAACGCCGGGCAGACUCCCCCGGCGGCCGCGCGCGCGCCCCGCCGCCCCGACGCCCCCCGCGGCCCUGCCCGCCCACGCCGCCGCCCACGCCGCGGGCCGAGCCCCGAGGCCGCUUCCGGCAGCGCCGCCGGCCGCCCCCACCGAGAAACCCACACCCCCCCCACCCCCUACUCAGCUCCAGGCGGCCGCCGCCGCCGCCAGCAACUCACCCGAGGCCGCCGCGCCGCCGCGCCCGGCUCCGUCCGCGUCCCUCGGCCGCCCGCGCUUCCCUCGGCGCGCCCGGGCGGGCUCUCCCCGCGGCCGGCAGCGCUGCCCAGCCCCGGACGCGAGGCCACAGGCGGGCGCGCGCGCGGGCGUCAGGGCCGGCUCGUCCCUCCGCCUCGACCGCCGCCGCCUCUUCCACCUCCUCCUUCGCCGCCGCCUCCUCCCGCUCCUCCCGCGCCUCCUCCCCGGCCGCCGCCGCCGCCGCCGCCGCCGCCUCCCGAGUUCGGGGCUCUGCUGCAAUGUCUGCGAGGCGGACUCGGAGCCCCCAGCGCCUAUUGUCGCCGGGGACGGCCAGCGGCGAGCAGCUCGGGGGCCCGCGCUUUCCCGUGCUGGGGGGCUCGGAGCAUCCCUCCUCUCCCGCGGCUCCCGUCAACACCGCUUCCUCCACCACCACCACCACGGCCGAGGGGAAGGGGGGUCUCGACGCGGGCUGCAGGCCAGGGGCAGCUCGGAGGGGAGAGGUGGCGACGUCAGGCUUCCCGGUCGCCCCGCUCCCGGCUGUCCAGCCGCCCCCGAUCGCCGAAGGUGCCUGGACAGCUCCUCCGGGGGAGGGGGGGGGGGAUGUUCUGGGGAGGGGUUUGGAUAAAGCGGGGUGA